CGAACUCAGAACGUUGCCGCUGCGCAAACGCAAAGCACGCGUCUUCAAUACACUCACACGCACGCACACCAACGUAACGCAACGCCACGCCCCCGCCGCCCAAAACGCUCAAGCAAGCCGGCUUGCAGGAUUUUUUCGAGAAUUUUUAAAAUCUCUGUUUCCAGUUUGCAGAAAUUUCAAAACUUCAACGAUUAACAUUCCGAUACCUCAACGCAUAUUUUUUUUUAGUUUUCUUUUGUAUUUUGUGUGUGCGUGAACAAUUUUAAGUGCCAACUAUUUUGCGGAGUACAGCGUAAAUUACACGAAAAUAUUCAGCCAUCUGGGAAUCAGGGAAUCGGGGAAUCGGGAACUCGGGGAUGUGGAUGCGACACUUGACAGCCAACAAAAUGAACGUUCUACCAGUGGGUGUGUUGGGAUUUAUAUUCCUGCAAUUGGUGAUAUUGGUGCGAGGACAUGGCCGUUUGAUGGAUCCGCCGGCGAGGAAUGCCAUGUGGCGAUUUGGCUAUCCCAAUCCCGUUAAUUACAAUGAUAACGAGCUCUUUUGCGGUGGCUAUGCGGUUCAGUGGGAGAAAAAUAGUGGACGGUGUGGUGUCUGCGGCGAUGCCUAUCAUGUGAAGUCCCCACGGCCCCACGAAGCUGGCGGGGAAUACGCCAAGGGCAUCAUCUCCCGAUACUAUACGGCCGGUCAGGAAAUCGACGUGGAGGUGGAACUGACGGCCAAUCAUUAUGGUCGCUUCGAGAUGUUCCUCUGCCCGAACAACAAUCCGCGACAGGAGGCCACCCAGCAGUGUUUCGAUCGGUAUCCGUUGCUGAUUUCGGGCAGUCGGGAGCACCGAUAUCUCAUACCACGCGACGCCAAGAAGAAGGAUAUAUUCCGAUAUCGGGUGCGAUUGCCUCCAUAUGUCACUUGCACGCAGUGCGUCCUCCAAUGGACCUACUACACCGCCAAUAUGUGGGGCACCUGCGCCAAUGGAACCGAGGCCGUCGGAUGCGGCAAGGCAGAAACUUUCCGUAACUGUGCGGAUAUAGCGAUUAUCUCGAACACUGGAGGAGGUGUUCCGCCGAUCUUCGUGAACAACAAGUCACCAUAUCUGCUAUAUUAUCGGGAUUAUCGGGCACCGGAAGACAACAAUAUCUUUCCACUUAUUGUGCGUGACCAGAAGUGCCUGGGUGCCCCGGCCUUCCGAUCUUUGCCCGGCAUUGACAACUGGUGCGAGAUCAAUUGCCUGCGUUACCCGCCCAAUUGUCCCGAGGAGGCCUGCCAUUGUCCUCAGGAGUGCGUGGCCAUUGGCGAGUUGGCUGGCCAGGAAGGAGCCGAUACCUACUGCAUGGAUAAGUGCCUCAAUUACGAAUCGGAGUGUCCGCGCGACAGGUGCCGCUGUUACUAGUCCGGCCCAUGGAUUCCGGACUACGAACUACAGCUGUGCUGCCCACCCAUUGCCCCCCAGGAGGAUUACACAAAGAUACACAUCAAUCUGCGAAAUGAAUUCAAUUUGAUUUACAA